AUGGAUUUCGUCUUUGACGCCUAUGACGACUACAGCGGUGAUUCUCAAGCCAGCUCGCUGCCUGUGCCGUCUGCGCCUCUUAAAAUACCCAACAUACCGCUUCAAGGAGACCUGACUCGGAAAUUCUCGAAUUUGAGUAUUCUAAAUCACAUAAAGCCAAAAAAUAAAGACAAGCACCAAAAUGAAGACACUGCCGCGUUUCGUUAUGCCAAAACUUCUCUAGAACUGCUCAAUGCAAGCAAUGCGUCUUUGGUUCCUUUAGAGCCUACGGCAGAAACUACAGAUUCGAAUGUGCUUGCCGGACGUUUAAGUCGAGUUCUGAAUCAGUCCAAUUUUGACUCAACCAUCCGUCAGUCGCUACUAUUGCUACAAUCGCGAACCGAAGAGCGUGCUGCAUCAGUCGAUGGAGAUAUCGAUUACAAGAACCUGACCAGUCCGAACAUGCUCGGGUCGAUUGCUCGCCGGAAAUUACGAGGCGACGUAGAAAGCGAGCUUUUGCGUCAGCAUUUUCAAUCGCUGAAGAAGUUCCAUCUGGUCGUCAAGAAACUCAAUGUGAUUAAACAGGACUUGGAUGAUUUAAAUUCUUGUUACGAUGAAAUUGACGGCAGAUUGAGCGAGAGUUUGCAGGAUACGGCGGAGUACAAAAAAGAAGUGAAAGAUCUGAUUCAAAAACGCGACUUGGUGAAGAUCAAGAAGAGCUUGUUGGUAGGAUUCCGCUCGACUUUCACUUUGAGUGCGUAUGAGGAACACGUUCUACAGAAUGGGGAUGUUGAUCAAGAGUUCUUCAAUGUGGUUCAGAAAGUAGAGAAGAUCUACGCGAAUUGUGACAUCCUGCUCAGCAUGAACAAUGACAAGUUGGGUAUCAGCAUUAUGAACCAAAUGUCAAGUCACCUUCAGCAGGCCAAUGAGAGAAUAUCAAACUUUCUACGCAAGAACCUCAAUUCGAUUUAUGUUCAAAAUGAUUUCGCUAAAAACCCAGAUUCCAUUGCAAAUUUCCAGCGUGCACUCGUGUCUGUUCUUUCGAGGAACAAAGACGAAUUUGACUCCAUUGUGAGUGACAUAAUAGAAAAUAGGUCCCGGAUUGUUAGUGAGGAGUUUAUGUCGCAGUUGAAUGGUUACUCGAACGAGAUUCGGUCGAAACCUAACAAAUCAUUCAUUAUGUCAUCGUAUGACUCGAAAAGAUAUUUGAGCGAUGUGCUGGCUUAUCUCCACAAUGUCAUUGCAAAUGAACUCGAAAUAGUUGAGAGCUUGUUUACAUUCGAUCAAGAGGUGUCGGCUGACCUGUUACCAGUUAUUCGCACGGUGGUCAAUAAGGUGCUUGGCUCUUUGAGUCGGCCAUUCAAGAGUAGUUACGAAACUAUCCUGAGACAGGAAACUAAGCCAGGAGUUGUUGUUGAGCUCUAUCAGCUUUUGGGUCUUUACAAGCAUAUGUUCGAAAAGCUGACUCAAGACAAUAGUCUGAUUGAAAGCUUGUCACAAUUGCAAAAAGACUCAUUCAAAAAACUGCUCAUACUCGUAUCUCUGAAAAUAAAAGAGAUCAAAGUUGAGUCAGAAGUUGAAGAGAUUGACGAGGAAGUUCUUGGUCUGCCGGACUGGCUCAUGGAUUUUUACUCAGAAUUCCUAGGCAUAUUUGAUUACCACAACAAUUCAGACAAAACGUUUUUGAACGUUGAGAAAUCCGAGGAAAAGGAACUGUUCAGACUUUUGGUAGAUGAGCCACUGGAGUUGCUCAACACGAUUUCAAGAAAGCUGAAGCUCUCCAAAAAAUCCAAGAAAAUCUUCAUGAUUAAUUGUCUAGAUUUCAUGCUUUCAAAGAUUGAGCUGAUCUCGGUUCUAUCUUCCCAAGCUGCAUUCAUCCAGGAAAUGCUGGAGCAAACAAUUCAAUCACUUAUAAUUGACGAGUUCAACCAGUUACUCAAUAAUUCAGGACUUUUUGAUAUCUACAAUCUUGUGAACAUGAUCUACAAGCUUGAGGAUGAUUUCUUCGACGUCUCUCUGUACCAACCAAUCACAGAAAACAAACUCUUCAAUGUUGCUACAUUCCAGCAAGCAGAUAUGAAGCUCCAAGAGUUCUUGAUUGGAUAUUUGGUUUCGAACGAGCUAAACAAGCUAAUCUCUCCAACAAUCCUCAAUACCAUAUUCAUCAACUCUACCCUCAAAUUCGUCAAGUUCUAUCGCAAGCUCCUACUUAUCGUGGGUGAGUAUCUGAAGGAUGAUAAUGAUCAGCCUCUCAACGUGUUCCGCUGGGACGAUAUGCAUGUUGCUACACUAUUGGGUGUAGAAGAACCUUACGAGCGUGAGCAAGACAUAAUCGACUAG